AGAAGAGCACACAAUCCAAUAUUAACUUGUGAAUAUACAGAUUUUCUUGACAUAAAUUCUUGCAGAACUGAAACAAAACCCAAAACCCAUAAAUUAAAAAAAAAAAAAGGGAAAAAGAAAAAUGAGUACAUCAAGGAGGAAGCUGCAAGUAGUGUCUCCUGUACCAGCAGAUAUUGACAUUGCUAACUCAGUUGAGCCUUUUCAUAUCUCUGAGAUUGCCAAGGACCUCAAUCUUAGUCCCAACCAUUAUGAUCUCUAUGGAAAAUACAAAGCCAAGGUGUUAUUGUCUGCUCUUGAUGAGCUUGAAGGAUCACCAGAUGGGUACUAUGUGGUUGUUGGAGGGAUUACGCCUACACCACUUGGGGAAGGCAAAUCAACUACUACGGUUGGGCUUUGUCAAGCUUUGGGAGCAUUUCUUGAUAAAAAGGUUGUCACCUGCCUUCGCCAACCAUCACAAGGACCUACUUUUGGAAUUAAAGGGGGUGCAGCAGGUGGUGGUUAUAGUCAGGUGAUUCCAAUGGACGAAUUCAAUCUUCACCUAACGGGGGAUAUCCAUGCAAUAACAGCUGCAAACAAUCUCCUUGCAGCUGCUAUUGAUACUCGAAUUUUCCAUGAGUCAUCUCAAUCUGAUAAAGCUCUUUUCAACCGAUUAUGCCUACCUAACAAAGAAGGAAAAAGAACCUUUAGUGAUAUAAUGUUUAGGCGUUUGAAGAAGCUUGGUAUCUCCAAGACUAAACCAGAGGAACUCACUGCACAAGAAAUUAAGAAGUUUGCUAGACUUGAUAUAGAUCCAAAUUCAAUUACAUGGAGGAGAGUUAUGGAUGUCAAUGACCGAUUCUUGAGGAAGAUUACUGUUGGUCAAGGUCCUGAAGAAAAGGGAAUGCUGAGAGAAACAGGAUUUGAUAUUUCUGUUGCUAGUGAGAUAAUGGCAGUUCUGGCCCUUACUACAUCUCUUGCUGAUAUGCGGGAAAGGCUUGGGAAUAUGGUUGUUGGAAAUAGCAAGGCUGGUGACCCUAUAACAGCUGAUGAUCUUGGUGUUGGAGGUGCUUUGACUGUACUAAUGAAAGAUGCCAUCAAUCCUACUCUAAUGCAGACCCUUGAAGGAACUCCUGUUCUUGUUCAUGCUGGUCCUUUUGCAAACAUUGCUCAUGGAAAUUCUUCAAUUGUAGCUGAUAAAAUUGCAUUGAAGCUGGUAGGGCCAGGUGGGUUUGUGGUCACAGAAGCUGGCUUUGGUGCUGAUAUUGGAACUGAGAAGUUCAUGAAUAUUAAGUGCCGAUAUAGUGGUUUAAUGCCUCAGUGUGCUAUUAUUGUUGCAACAAUCAGAGCCCUGAAGAUGCAUGGUGGUGGGCCAGAAGUUGUUGCUGGAAGGCCUCUUGACCAUGCCUACACAACUGAGAAUGUGCCUUUGGUUGAAGCUGGUUGUGUGAAUCUGGCUAGGCAUAUUUCAAAUACAAAGUCUUAUGGGGUAAAUGUUGUUGUUGCUGUGAACAUGUUCUCUACUGAUACUGAAGCAGAACUUAGUGCAGUUAAAAAUGCGGCAUUGGCUGCUGGAGCAUAUGAUGCUGUUGUCUGUACACAUCAUGCCCAUGGUGGGAAGGGAGCGGUGGACCUAGGAAUUGCGGUUCAAAAAGCCUGUGAGAAUGUGACACAACCACUGAAGUUUUUAUAUCCAUUGGAAAUUAGUAUCAAGGAGAAAAUAGAAGCUAUAGCAAGGUCAUAUGGUGCUCAAGGUGUCGAGUACUCAGAGCAGGCUGAGAAGCAAAUUGAGAUGUACAGCAGACAGGGAUUCUCUGGUCUACCUAUUUGCAUGGCCAAAACCCAGUAUUCAUUUUCCCACAAUGCAAGUGAGAAGGGAGCACCCAGCGGAUUUGUUUUACCGAUAAGGGAUGUAAGAGCAAGCAUUGGAGCUGGUUUCAUUUAUCCUUUAGUUGGGACAAUGAGUACAAUGCCAGGACUUCCGACAAGGCCUUGCUUUUAUGACAUCGAUCUGGACACUGCCACAGGUAAGGUAAUUGGCCUCUCCUGAAGCUAACAGAGCUCCCCAAGGUUAUGUGCUUCUCUAUUGUUUGUUAAGACUGCUGCCAUUCUUGAAGUACAUAAUGCACUAUGAGCUUCUUUUGUUUGUUUGUUCUUGUUCUCUCUUUCUUUUAUUGUUUUUCAGCUUUAAUGUUUGAGCCUUGAAUUAAAAAAAAAGCUCUUAUUUAGAGCUAAAAUAAAAAAUAUAAUAAACAUUUUCUAAGUUAAACUUCUUAAUUUU